AUGAACAAUUUAGAAGAAUUACUGUUAAUGGAGCUAGGUGUACCUGCUUUUACAGUUGGAAAGUAUUUAAUGAAAAAUAACAACACAUCACUAGAAUUAAUAAAGACAGGUUGUAAAAAACUCAAAGAGAGUGAUGUUUAUAUUGGUUUAGCACUACUUGUAAAUAAGAAUAUAGUUAGUCAUAGACAAUUUGAAAACACAACAAUAUAUUUUAUUAACACUUCCUUAUUAAAAAGACGUUUAUAUUUUCCUUGGUAUGUACAUGUAAUUAGUAAAUCAUAUGAUUUAGUUACUACUCAAAAUUUUCAAGGGAUUUUAAUUAAAGGAGUCUUUAAGUAUAAAACACAUACAAGUGAUAUUAUUGAUAAAUUGAUAAAUGAUAAUAUAAUUAUAGAAAUUGAUGAAAGAGAAGAGAAAUCAAAAUUUUUUAAAAAGAACUUUUUAAUAUUAAGAGUAAAAUAUAGUAUUUUAGAUAGACUUAUUAUAGUUGAUGAAAUAUGUGAUUAUUUAACUAAGAAGUAUAAUUCACUUGCUUCUGAUAUUUAUAGGAAUUUAGUUUUGAAUGAAAGUUUACUUAGUUACUCAUUUUAUGAUAAUUUGAAUGUUUUACUUAAAGGGGAGAAUUUACCAAAAAAGAUAUUAAUAAAACAUUUAGAAUAUUUAGUUAAUGAUGGUUUAGCAAUAGCAGAAUUAGAUACAUAUAUUCCUUAUAAGAAGGUAAUAAAUGUUAAUCUUAUUAAAAUACACUUAACUAAUCUCUUACUAACCUCAAGAUAUGCUAAAAGAAUGGUUAAUAUGAUUUAUAAGCUAGGAGAAGUAAAUGAUAAUGAUUUAAGAAUGAAAUCACUAAUACCUUUAGAUUCACAAAAGUUAGUUAUUCUUACACUUUCAGAAUUAGGAAUAACUAAACAGAAGAUUAAUUAUCCAUACAGACUGUCAUUUAGAAUAGUAAGAUCACUUUUUAUAUCUUUUCCAUACUUGUCUAUUAGUGUUUCAAAAAAGAUAGAAAAUCAAUUAGUUGAGAAUUUAACUGAAAUUAAUAAGUUUUUUAAAUUAGAAAAUACUUUAAAUAUAAACUUAGAUGAGUAUCUUAAUGAAAUAAUUGGUUUAGCAAAAGAUUUUAUGAUUUUUAAUUUCAAUAAAUUUUAA